AUGGUCCCAAAAGUGACCACAACAUGUUAUAUAGAGGCAGAGGUGGCACCAGUGCGCGUGCUGGUGUUCCCUCAUGCAGGUGGUGUGUCGCAUACGUUGGGCUUUGAGUGGUCGAAAAACUUUCGCGCCACCGGUUUAGACAUAGAAUUGUGGGGUGUCGAUUGGACGUGGGCGGCCGAGGAUGUGGUGCCAGACGCUUCCAAGCUUCUAGUCGCCAUCUGCUCGCAGCUAAGCUGUAAUUUCUUUAGUAAGCCUUUUGUACUUGUGGGCCACAGUCUUGGUGCACUCAUGGCAUUGGCAUUGACGCACAAUCUUCAACAACGCCAAUACCCAACACCACGCCACAUGUUCGUUCUAGGGACUGCUGGACCAGGCUGUUGGACAUUGUUUAAUGAUAGCAAAGUGCUGCAGGAUGAUGCGGAGCUUCUGAAACUACUAGAGCAGUGGGGUGGCACGGACAAGCAGCUGCUUGAAAUACCAGAGCAGCGUCAGAAGCUACUGACGGCGUUGCGUAUCGAUCUUAAAUUGCACAAUAGCCUCAUACAGUGGUUAAAUCAGCAGAAAACGUCGAAGGUUCGUAGCAAUGUAACUGUGCUUGGUGGAUCAGAUGAUACGUCUGCUUCAGUGAAAUCAUUACAAGCGUGGGAAAAAGUUUGCGCAGAAGGCUUUGAGCUGGAUGUCGAAACGUUUUCAGGAGGCCAUUUCUUUCUGACGAGUUCUGAGAGUCAAGAGGCAGUCUCUAAAUGUAUUACUACCAAAUUAAAGCAAGUUUCCUCCAUUGUUCUGCUGGAAUCAAGUACGUUAAUCAGCAGUUUAAACUCGAAAAAUGAUUCAUAUCCCUCGGAGAAAUGCUUGCAUGACUUAUUUUACGAAGCAGCAAAGCGGACACCUGACGACAUUGCAGUAUAUUACGAGGGAAAAACGUUGACAUUUCGCGAAUUAGACGACCAGAGCGAACGACUUGCUAACUUUUUGUUUCUCGCUGGCGUACGGACGAAUUGCAUUUCUGGGAUCUUGAUGGAGCAUUGUAUUGAGUUCGUGAUCGCCUAUAUUGCAGCGUUAAAAUCCGGCGGGGCCUACAUGCCACUAGAAAUCGUAUAUCCACCGGAUCUUCUUGAGCGCGUAAUAAAAGAAUCCAAACCGACUAUUGUCCUUACAAAGAAAAAGUUUAGGAACCGAUUACCGACUUGGCAGCAAGCGCUGGAGAUGGACAAUGGCUGGCUUGAGCAACUUGCUCAGCAAAUAGUCCCAUUGAUGCCUAUCGACCGAACGAGUACCCACCCCGAUGAUUUAGCCUACGUGGUCAUGUCAUCUGGAACAACUGGUGUCCCAAAAGGAAUUUGCUGCCCUCACCGUGGAGCUGUGCAUUCUUACAAUUGGCGUCUCACCCACUGUCCACUUGAUGCAGACGACAGAGUGGCUUGCCAUGUCUUUUUCGUGUGGGAACUGUUGCGCCCAAUGCUUGGGAAUCGACCGCUGUAUAUUAUCCCCGACAAUACGAUCUACGACCCAAUUAAGCUUGUAGAAUUCCUCGCUAUCCACCGUAUCACGCGCAUCCUCUUCACACCGUCGCUUUUGCAGCUAAUUCUUGAUACCUGCUCGCCAAACGAUCUAUUGCUAAAAUUAUCAAAAUUGCGACUCGUGUGGCUUUGCGGUGAAGUGGUGACGCUAGAGUUACGUGAUCGUUUCGUUCGUCUCUUCCCUAAAUGCGAGUUGUACAACCUUUACAGCGUCUCCGAGUGUCACGACGUAAGCGCGGUGAAUCUCACUGCUAUGAGUGACUAUGACUACUCGUUGUCUACCAAAUAUGCCUCUUGCGGGAAAGUUAUGCCAAAUGUGAAAGUAUUCAUACUAGAUAAUGACUUUGAACCCGUUUCCAUCGGAGUGCCUGGAGAGCUGUAUGUCGGUGGACCCUGUUUAGCUAUUGGUUACCUUAAUCGCCCGGAACAAACAGCGCAACGCUUUUUAAAGCAUGUUGUGCUCGGAGAGACUGUUUACAGAACGGGAGAUCGAGCUCGCUUUUUGCCAAAUGGACAUCUCGAACUCAUUGGUCGCUGUGACUUUAUGGUAAAAAUUCGCGGGUAUAGUGUCGUAUUGGGUGCUGUCGAAUCAGCUUUGGCGCAACAUCCACUAGUGUCCACAUCAGUCGUACUUACAGAAGGUGACGAGGGCGAGGACAAGCGUUUGGUUGCGUACAUUGUACCCGAAGAUUGGAAGAAACUGCCAAAUGCUUCUACUUUACGCAAGUUUCUUGAGGGAAUGCUUCCACCUUAUGCUGUCCCACAACUAUAUGUGCAGCUUGAUGCUCUUCCAAUUAACAGCGCAAGCGGCAAGUUAGAUCGCAAGCAGAUGCCAUCUAUUGAAGAGGCCAAGAAACUGCGCAGCGAAUCGAUCGAUUUAACAGUGGACUCAGUGAAUUUGCCUCAGACAAACACCGAAAAGAUGCUUGCAACGAUCUGGCUGGAGCUGCUCCGUCUUGAGAAUGAUAGCGUAUUACACCGUAAAGCAAGCUUUUUUGAUGUGGGAGGGCACAGUUUGCUGUCGACUCGUCUGGUUUCAUGUAUUCGCGAUACUUUUGGCGUUCACUUGACCCUCGCCGACAUCCUCGUUUCGCCCGAGCUGUGCGCUAUUGCGUCUCGAAUUGAUCACUCGCUAAAAUAUGAAGGCAGCGAAGUCAAUGUGAAGGUUGCCGAAGUAAAUAAGAAGAUGGUUCUUCCGUUAGAAUCUGUUUUAGAUGCAUCCAUUUAUCCCGCUGCCACGCGUAAAGCCGGUUACAGUCGCUACCGAGUAGAAAUGGUGGGGUUGCCGCCGCGCAAUUUGUUUUUGACUGGUGCGACGGGGUUUCUUGGUGCGCAUCUACUCCAUGCUUUGCUCAAAUACUCGACGAGCGUCGUAUUUUGCUUGGUUCGGGCUGCGGAUGAAGACGCGGCACUGGGUCGCAUCAAUGAUGCGCUUGAGAAGUUUGCACUCUUAGAUGAAGCCCAGCAUUUCCACAUGGAAGACAGAGUGAUUCCUGUUCCGGGCAAUCUUGCGCAGCCUCUUUUCGGACUGAACGCCGAUACAUUUAAGAUGCUGGCCACCGAAAUCGAUGCUAUCGUGCAUAAUGGAGCUGAAGUAAACUUGGUAAAGCCGUACUCUGCCUUGAAAAGUGUCAACGUGUUAGGGACGCAAGAGGUAUUGCGUCUUGCCGUGACAAACGGUUUGGCCAAGACCCGAGUCAAGCCUGUGCACUACAUUUCAACCAACGGGGUGUUUCCAUUGUCAUUAGACGUACCCAAAUUCGUUGAGACUGCCGACUUAAGCGAGCUGUCCGACCAACUUGAUAAUGGCUAUGCGCAGAGCAAAUGGGUGGCCGAACAAAUGUGUCACGAGGCUGCUCAUCGUGGUCUACCUGUGUCAAUUUUACGACCGGGUAACAUGGCACCAUCCUCGUUUUGCGGCCAAUGGAACACUAAUGAUUUUAUCUAUUUGCUGCUCAAAGGCUGCGCACGUUUGAAUGCCGUGCCCGCUCGCUCCAACUGGUUCUUUGACAUGACUCCAGUGGACUACGCAGCUCGUGCCAUUGUGCACUUUACUGCGCUGCAUUCAGCUGAGGCGCUGGGUCAGACGCUGCACAUCCAGAAUCCAUCGCCUCCAAUGGGAAGCGAUGAGUUUUUUAACCUUUUCACGGCCGCUGUGACUAACAAACAGCUGGCAGUAGUCGAGUAUUCAAAGUGGAAGCGCUGUUUGAUCCAAGCCGCGAGCAAAACAGACGCCCCGAUGGAAGUCAUUAAGUUGGCCGCGGGUUUUGAGACAUUUGAGCCUUACCUCUUGAGCAACAAGAUUUUUGAUUCUGCGCUUUCAGCGGAACUACUGCAUGCCGCAGGAAUUUCCUGUCCGACGAUCAAUCGUGCGCUACUUGCCAUAUAUACGUCCAAGUGGUGA